AUGUCAGCAGUAUCGCAGCAGCCAGUUAAGUCGUUAUACUACAAGAUUACCCAAAUUCGCUCGACGAUAGGGAUGCCCCCGAAAACAAGAUCUGCAUUGCACGCCUUGGGUUUGCGCCGGAGAAACCAAGUAGUCUUUGCCAAAUGUGCGCCUUCCUCGGCAAACACGUUGACGCGAGUGAAAGAGAUGGUGAAGGUCGAAGUAACGGAUUACAAGUUGACCAGAGAAGAGGUCAAUCGGGCGAGAAAGUUCCCCAAAGGAUUUGAGUUGAUCAAAAACGGCACCUUGAAAACCUAUGAAUAG